GAGACCCGAGGAGGGCCGGCCCGCUCAUUCCACACCAGCUUCUCCCUUUGGGCACGGAGCGCUCUGCUCCAGCGGGCUCGGCGUCCUGCCAGCGGCUGAUCCCCGGCAUUCCCAGGCAGGAAUCUCGCACCCCGCUGCCGGCCAGCCGCGCCUGACGCAACCCGCGCCCCGCUUUGCCCCACCGGGCAGGCGAAACCUCCCGCCCUCGUUGCAUCACCCGGCCGGCGGGGCGGGGCGGGCCCGGCCGCCUUUAAAGCGCCGCGGCGGCCGCGCCGCUCCAGCAGCGCCCGGCGCCUCCCGCAGCCCAGCGCAGCCCGGCCCGAGAUGAAGCGAGACCCGCAGCGCCCCGAGGAGCGCUCGGAGCCGCCGCCCUGCUCGCCCCCGGGGCAGGAGGAGGGGGUGCCGCCGGUGUGGAUCUUCGGCUACGGCUCGCUGGUGUGGAGGCCGGGCUUCGAGUUCACGUCGCGGAAGGUGGGCUUCAUCCGCGGCUACAGCCGCCGCUUCUGGCAGGGGGACACGUUCCACCGCGGCAGCGAGAAGAUGCCCGGCCGGGUGGUGACGCUGCUGGAGGACUGCGGGGCCUGCACGUGGGGUGUAGCCUAUGAAGUCCGUGGGGAGCAAAUCGCUGCGUCGCUCGAGUAUCUCAACAUGCGAGAAGCUGUCCUGGGAGGCUACGACACCAAGCUGGUGAAGUUCCACCCCCAGGAGAAAGAUGCAGAGGAACCUUUCCUGGCUCUUGUUUACAUCGCAACACCCCAGAACCCUUCGUACCUCGGCCCGGCAUCUGAAGAAGACAUUGCAGCUCAAAUCAUUGUCUCAAGUGGUUGUGCUGGUCACAACAUUGAGUACUUGCUGAGACUGGCAGACUUUAUGCGCUACUUCUGUCCCCAAGCGGAGGAUAAACAUCUCUUCUCCAUCGAAGAGGCUCUCAUUUCCAUCCUUCCGUGUCUGUACUACACAGAGGACUCUCUAGAAGAAACUGCAAGUGUCCCUCAGAAGUCUAAGGGUUGAAAUAGGAUUUUUUUUUGCAGGGUUUAAUGGAAGGGACAUAAGGGAGAAGAAAGCAGUGGGGACAAUCUUAGCUCUGAUAAAAUAUACUGGACUGAGUGAAUAAUGGGAGAAUUAGCAAGUGUUUGGGGAGGGAGGAAGUGGAGAGUGGAGUGGAGGACUUGCAGUUUGUACCUGUUACACUCCUUAUCUGUAGCAUCACGAUACCCAUCACUGCUUUCCACAUGGAGAGCUGGGAUCUUCACAGGAACUCUGCUCUGUAAGACUUGCUUCUGGGAAUCAAACCUGAGGCAGUCAUUUCCUUUAGAGAAAGAGGCUUAUCUAUUCUGUGCACUUUCUCUUUUUUUCUUUUUUUUUUUUUUGUUUUAUUUGAAGACUAGUUGAGCAGGACUUGACUGAGUUUAAGCAGUAUAUAUGUAAUUCUACCUCAAAUUGGCAGAAAAGCUGUUUGUCUGGUGGUGGAGACUUUGGCAGAUUCUGCCAAAUAAACUUUUUUUUUUUUCCCCUGCCUUGUCCCACCUCCAGUACAAUGACCUGACACUAAAUUUUAGAACAUUUGUGCAAUAUAAAGUGAACAGGCCUCUUUAUUCUCUUGUGCAUCCUUCUUCCUUAUGUUGUGAAGGAUCACAAUAAUGCACUUAUUUUCUAAAAUGUCAUACUGUAUUUAUUAUGUAAUAUAUUUCCUCUUAGGAGGGAUACCUAAACUAUUCACAUGCCACAGUGGUGUGCAGCCCACACUCAACCUUGCAUUUGUGCCUUCUAGAUUUAAAUCUGUUCUCUGAGGAGCUAAGCCUGCUUUAAUGACAAGCUUUUUCCAAGCUUCAUUGUCCUUGUGCUGCUCCAGACAUAACUGACUCUGUAAGAAAUGGUCCUGCCUGUGUGGGAAGCCUGUGCUGCCUGCAGGAAAGCUGUCAGGAUGCAGGAGAGUUUUAACCAGCCCUGCACUGGAUAGACCUCUGGUGCUUCAGGAUGAUGUGGGUUUGUGUAGAAACAUUUGAGGGUUCUAGUUCCAUACAGGGGUGUCUGUCUGGCACACUUGCAUUUGACUGCAGAGCACCAUGACUGAGCACACUUGCAAGUGUGAGCUGCUGAGAAGCCUGCCUUGAUCAUGUUAGGCAGAGGCACUGCUGCAAGCUCAGACUUUCACAUACUAACAGCAUGAAAACACACAGUAUUUUGUGAGAAAACUGCUGCUACUGCAACUGCAGCAAAACAGCUCUUGAGAGCUGCCCCCUGGGACUGCUGGCUCCUCCCAAAUACAAUGUGUUUUUUUAAUUAUGAAAAAGGCUAGGGACUGUUUGUAUUACUGUGGCUUGUAUGCAUAUGAAGUGGUACUGUGCUGUGCCCAGUAAUAAAACAAACUGACUUUGUCAGUCUCAUGUA